CUUGGGGCGAGGGAGUGGGGUGGCUUAAAAAGAAAAAAAAAAAGUAAAAAAAAAAAAAGAGAAAAAAAAAGAAAAGAAAAAAGUGAAAUGCAGCGCAAAACUGAGGGAGGGAAGAAGGCUAGGGGAGCCCGUCAAGAGGGAGCGAGGGGAGACACAUUCCUAUAGUAACCGGGAUGGCGCGAUGCAGCCCCAGCUGGUUGCUAAGAGGGUUAAACUGUAUCCAAACAGCUUUGGGGAAAUCCAGCCCCUUCUCCUGCCACAUGGCUCGACUCAUUGGGUGGGAGCGGCGGAGAGACAAGGGUCUCCAGCAAAUCAGCGCCUAAUUGAUUAAGGCGAGCUGGUUUGAAUAGAGCUGGCCAUGUGCCAAUCGCCUUUCAAAGAGCCCCUCUAUGAUUAAUCGCAAUGCAUUAUUGAUAAUCAUAAUUAUAGCAGGACACAUGCGCGGUGCGCGGAGGAUUGGGGAGGCUGGGGGGGGGAGGCUCGAUUUCCGUAAUUUUGAGAAGAUUUUUUUUUAGUAAUUUUUUAUUCUGCCCCAGCUGAUGUUUGAGCCAGCAUGUCGCGGAGGAAGCAGGCGAAGCCUCAGCAUUUCCAAUCCGACCCCGAUCUGGCCUUGUUAUCCCAGCGAAAUGGAGAUACAGAAAAGGGUCAAGCAAAUCGAACCACUAAGAACAAGGACGCCCAUGUCUGUGGCAGGUGCUGUGCUGAGUUCUUUGAAUUAUCAGAUCUCCUGCAACACAAGAAGAAUUGUACUAAAAAUCAAUUAGUUUUAAUUGUGAAUGAAAAUCCAGCUUCUCCUUCUGAAACCUUCCCUCCUAGUUCCCCUUCUGAUAAUCCUGAUGAACAGAUGAAUGACACAGUUAAUAACACAGAUCAAGUAGACUGCAGUGACCUUUCAGAGCAUAACAAACUUGACAGGGAAGAAUCCAUGGAUGUGGAGGCUUCCAGCAUUAACAAUAGCAGUUCCAAGAGUGUCAACAGUAGUAUUGCAAGCAGUAACAGCUCCACAAUGGGUACCUCAGCUGUAACAACCUCUCUACCUCACAUAGGGGAUCUGACAACAUUAGGCAACUUUUCAGUGAUAAACAGUAAUGUAAUAAUCGAAAACCUUCAGAGUACUAAAGUGGCAGUAGCACAGUUCUCCCAGGAAGCAAGAUGUAACGGCGCCUCGAACAGCAAGCUUGCUGUCCCUGCCCUGAUGGAGCAACUUUUGGCGUUACAGCAGCAGCAGAUCCAUCAGUUGCAACUGAUUGAACAAAUUCGUCACCAAAUAUUAUUGUUGGCUUCCCAAAAUACAGACAUGCCAACAUCUUCUAGCCCUUCUCAAGGUACUUUACGAACAUCUGCCAACCCCUUGUCCACACUAAGUUCCCAUUUAUCCCAGCAGCUGGCUGCAGCAGCUGGAUUAGCACAAAGCCUUGCUAGUCAAUCUGCCAGCAUCAGUGGUGUGAAACAGCUACCCCCUAUACAGCUACCUCAGAGCAACCCUGGCAACACUCUAAUUCCAUCCAGUAGUGGCUCUUCUCCAAAUAUUAACAUAUUGGCAGCAGCAGUUACAACACCGUCCUCAGAAAAAGUGGCUUCAGGUAUUGGUGGCUCACAGCUCAGCAACCCACCAGUAUCAGCAUCAUCUUCACCAGCUUUUGCAAUAAGCAGUUUAUUAAGUCCUGCAUCUAAUCCACUUCUACCUCAGCCCACCCCUAGUAACUCUGUUUUCUCCAGUCCCUUGUCCAAUAUUGGAACACCUGCAGAGGAUUUAAACUCCCUGACUGCCUUGGCACAGCAAAGAAAAAGCAAGCCACCAAAUGUAACAGCUUUUGAAGCAAAAAGUAAUUCAGAUGAGGCAUUCUUUAAGCAUAAAUGCAGGUUCUGUGCUAAAGUGUUUGGGAGUGACAGUGCCUUGCAGAUUCAUUUACGUUCUCACACUGGCGAGAGGCCAUUUAAAUGCAACAUAUGUGGAAACAGGUUCUCCACAAAGGGAAACUUAAAGGUCCACUUUCAGCGUCAUAAAGAAAAAUACCCUCAUAUUCAAAUGAAUCCAUACCCGGUGCCAGAGCAUUUGGACAAUAUUCCUACAAGCACAGGUAUUCCUUAUGGGAUGUCUAUACCGCCAGAGAAACCUGUCACAAGCUGGCUGGACAGCAAGCCAGUCCUCUCCACCCUGACGACUUCUGUUGGCCUGCCACUGCCACCGACGAUUCCAAGCUUGACUCCAUUCAUCAAAACUGAGGAGCCUCAGCCGAUUCCCAUUAGCCAUCCUUCCACUAGCCCUCCCUGCUCUGUCAAGAGUGACUCGGGAACAGCAGAUCCAACAUCAAAAAUUUCCAAUGGACUUUCUGAUGAGGUAGAGGUUGGUGCUUUGCCUACCUCAAAUUGCAAAAUGGAAGAAAAUUCUCAAAACACAAAUGCUGUCACUAACAUGAGCAGCUCCGUGAGCUCUCCGGUGGCUGACUCAGGCUCCAGCACUGUCACCACUUUUACAAAUCCACUGAUGCCUCUAAUGUCAGAGCAAUUUAAGGCAAAGUUUCCAUUUGGAGGACUAUUGGAUUCAACGCCAGCAUCUGAAACAUCAAAAUUGCAGCAACUGGUAGAAAACAUAGACAAAAAGGCAACCGAUCCUAACGAGUGUAUCAUUUGCCACCGAGUUCUCAGUUGCCAGAGCGCACUGAAAAUGCAUUAUCGCACACAUACCGGUGAGAGGCCAUUUAAAUGUAAAAUCUGUGGUCGCGCCUUCACUACUAAAGGAAACUUAAAGACUCAUUACAGUGUCCACCGUGCCAUGCCCCCGCUGAGAGUACAACAUUCAUGCCCGAUCUGCCAGAAGAAAUUCACCAAUGCUGUUGUGCUACAGCAGCAUAUCCGAAUGCACAUGGGAGGACAGAUCCCCAACACCCCAGUGACAGAAAACUAUCCUGAAUCAAUGGAAUCAGAUACAGGAUCUUUUGAUGAUAAGAAUUUUGAUGAUAUAGACAACUUCUCAGAUGAGAACAUGGAAGACUGUCCUGACAGCAGUGUGCCAGAUACACCUAAAUCUGCAGAUGCAUCACAAGACAGCUUGUCUUCUUCCCCUCUGCCCCUGGAAAUGUCAAGUAUUGCUGCUUUGGAAAAUCAGAUGAAGAUGAUCAAUGCAGGACUUGCUGAACAACUUCAGGCAAGCUUAAAGUCUGUUGAAAAUGGGUCUGUGGAAGGAGAUGUUUUGACUAACGAUUCGUCAUCUGUUGGUGGUGAUAUGGAAAGCCAAAGUGCUGGAAGCCCUGCUGUCUCAGAGUCUACCUCUUCCAUGCAGGCCUUGUCCCCAUCCAACAGCACUAAUGAUUACCACAAGUCACCAAGUAUCGAAGAGAAGCCAGUAAGAGCUUUACCAAGUGAGUUUGCCAAUGGUUUGUCUCCAACCCCUGCUAACAGUGGUGCUUUGGACUUGACGUCUAGUAACACUGAUAAAAUUAUUAAAGAAGAGUCUCUGAGUAUGCUCUUUCCUUUCAGAGACAGAGGUAAAUUUAAAAACACCGCAUGUGACAUUUGUGGCAAAACAUUUGCUUGUCAGAGUGCCUUGGACAUUCAUUACAGAAGUCAUACCAAAGAGAGACCAUUUAUUUGCACAGUUUGCAAUCGUGGCUUUUCCACAAAGGGUAAUUUGAAGCAGCAUAUGUUGACACAUCAAAUGCGAGAUCUACCAUCACAACUUUUUGAGCCCAAUUCCAAUAUUGGCCCUAGUCAGAACUCUUCGGUUAUACCUGCUAAUUCACUGUCAUCGCUCAUAAAGACUGAGGUUAAUGGCUUUGUGCAUAGCUCUCCUCAGGACAGCAAAGAAGCACCCUCUGGUCUAGUUGCUUCGGGGCCGCUGUCCUCCUCUGCCACGUCCCCAGUCUUGCUCCCCACUCUCCCCAGAAGGACCCCCAAACAGCACUACUGCAACACGUGUGGGAAAACAUUUUCUUCCUCCAGUGCUCUGCAGAUCCAUGAAAGGACACACACUGGUGAGAAGCCUUUUGCCUGCACUAUAUGUGGAAGAGCAUUCACAACAAAAGGCAAUCUGAAGGUUCACAUGGGCACUCAUAUGUGGAACAGUACUCCUGCACGACGAGGCAGACGACUUUCUGUAGAUGGCCCCAUGACAUUUCUAGGAGGCAAUCCUGUAAAGUUCCCAGAAAUGUUUCAGAAGGAUUUGGCUGCCCGGUCAGGGAAUGGAGACCCCUCCAGCUUCUGGAACCAGUACGCAGCAGCACUCUCCAAUGGCUUGGCCAUGAAGACCAACGAGAUCUCUGUCAUCCAGAAUGGCGGCAUCCCUCCAGCGCCGGGGGGCCUUGGCAAUGGUGGCAGCUCUCCCAUCAGCGGCUUGACUGGAAGCCUGGAGAAGCUCCAGAAUUCAGAACCCAAUGCACCUCUAGCUGGUCUGGAGAAAAUGGCAAGCAAUGAAAAUGGGACAAACUUCCGUUUUACUCGUUUCGUGGAAGACAACAAAGAAAUUGUAACAAAUUAGAAAAAACUCCGUAAAUAACAUUCCUGCAAAUAAUGCAACCUAGGGUUGCUUUUUUCAAGUUGCAGGCUACAACCUUACAAAGACUUUCUUUUGUACCAUGUUCUACUUCUAGAAUUCUAAGAGAGCUUAUUUAUUAGUGAUAUAACCUUGCUUUGCAAACAAAUGCAAGCAUUAACUUUGGUCUCCUGUAUUUUGAACUAAAUACUAAUCGACUAGAGUGCUGUAAACUUGCUGUAACAUUUAUGGCAGUUGCAAGUCUGUUCUGCUAGGUGAUCUUAUUCUGGCAUUAACUUAUUUUCUAUAUCCAGUUUAACACGAACUCUGGUAUUGAUGCGAUGCCUCAGUGGUGCAUUAGGUCUCUAAAUAAAAAUCUGUAUAUAAAUGUACACUUUGAUCCUGCUGGAAAUUUUAUCAGCAAACACAUUGUUUAAUUUUUCCAAACAGAAUUAAGAAAAUGACUGAAAGAAUAUAGACUGAACAGUGUGGGUCCUUUACACAGCUCAGUUUUUGAUUUUUAUUAUAAAAUUAAAACUGCUUUAAUUUUUGUAGGUUUAACAUUUUCUGUUUUGAACUGUUAUUUGUAUUGUGCUUUUUACUUGAGUUGUCUUAAAUGUUAAUACAUUUCUGUACAGUAAUAAGCACGCAGACUAUUAGAGAAGAUACUGAAGUGUUGUUUUGGUAGUUGAAACUGAGACGUAACAUUUUGCCUUGUAGGUAUAUUCAUUCUAGAAAAUGUGCUGGACUUUCACAAUGCUGCUAAGUAUGGCAUCUUGAACAACUUCCGUGGACAGCUGUAGAUGCUCCUGUAUAUACAACAAGACAUCACUUUCAUUAAAAUGUACAUAUGUUCCUUACAAGACCGAGCCCUACUCCUUGACCAAGGGAACAAGUAUAGUGUUUGUUUAUUUUGUAUUAGGUAUUGGGGGGGGGGCAGGGGGAAUCUUGGACUGUUACAUGCACUUUCUCAGAAAGUUGAAAGGAAAAGAGGUCCAGUUUCUUUAACAUUUAAUACUUACUAACAGCAGAGAUACUGUAAUUUUACUCGAGUAAUCAAAUACAGUUUUGCAACAGAUAAAAUUUGCUGUCUCUGUGUUUUUAAAGUGUACUUGUAUUUAGUAAUAACUUUGUAUUAUUUAGCCUUUCCCUUGGUUAACAUGAACUGUCCAGGUUGUAUGUGUGUGUUUAUAUUUGUAAGUAUGAGUAUACAUAUAUAUGUAUUGCAUAUUAAUUGCUAGUAUAUUUUCAUACCCCCUAAUAGUGGGAAAUUUCUCCUUAACUACUCACCUCCUUCUCCUCAUAAAAUGGUAGAUAUUUUGGCAUUUUUCAUUUCUUUAUUAAACAAAUGCUGCUAGCAAAGACCUUAUUGAGCCUAGGUAAGUUUCCUUUGAAGGAAAUAAUUUAUAACAUUUAAGGCUUGAUUUGGUUCAAAUGCUUUAUAUUUUAUAUUAAUUUUAUUCUAUGAGAUUGUAUGUUUGUGGCAUGCUUACGCUGCUAUAUCUGUGUUAAGAUGUCCACUUGCAAGCCUCCAUAUAUGAUAUGGGGUUUACAACUCGAUUGUUAAAAAAAAAAGAAAAAAAAAAAUUGCUUUGGCCUUGCA